AAGAAAUGUAUUUAUGAAAUUUAAAAGAGACAACAUUUUAGUUGAGUAGUUUUGACAAAGAGGGGUUUGGUGACGAAAGGGUUAAUCGUGCAGUCUUUACGACGGGCCGUAAACUGAUUCAUAAAAGAUGGCGACCCGGUGCAGCUGUCAAAACUUGACAGUUUAAUGUUGCAGACCUGGACGCUCAGAAACCAGCACGGACUAUCGGUUUGGACUAGUGUACUUGCAUUAGCUAAGGGCCAUCGCUCGAUCAGCGGAAGAGACGCGGAGGGGUCUUCUGUGUAGAAGAAGAGGAUGCUUUUUCCCUAAGGAGAUGACAUUGGGGAGGACAGAGGCUGCUGGGUUUGACACUAAACAAGUGAAAGAGCGUAUCAGAUCUCUGAUGUGAACUUAUCUGAAAGUACAAAUGAACGUUCAUACAUUUAUAUAACCGGUCUGUUACUUGUAUUUGCUAUUAAAAUGGCGUGGAGGUCACGGUUCUCUUACAUUGGACGGAGGCAUCUGAGUAUUUUCGCCAACCCAUCUCCCUCAAACUGGACUAAGGUGGUGUCUGAUGCUGAGAAGAUCGUAGGAUAUCCAACUUCAUUCAUGAGUUUCCGCUGUUUACUCAGUGACGAGCUCAGCAAUGUGGCCAUGCAUGUAAAGAAGCUGGUGGGAACGAAACACCCUCUGCUCAACACCGCCAGAGGAUUUCUGUACAACAGCCGGAAUAAUCUACAAAUGCGAGGUCUCAUCAUCAUGCUAAUGUCAAAAGCAGCCGGUCCAUGUCCCAGUAACAGUGACCUGAUUUGUGACAGUAUGGUCAGCGGCAUCUACCCCAGAAUCACAAUAUUUCCUUCUGUCUCUUUGUCUUUGAUUCACACAGCCUUCCUGGUGCAUCGUGGGAUUGUUAAUCUGAAGGAGUGGAUGAACUCUGAUGGCCCCCUCAAAAACAUGCAGUUUGGGAACAAGAUGGCCGUUCUGAGUGGCGAUUUCCUGUUGGCGAACGCCUGCACGGGGUUGGCCCAGCUCAAUGACUCCAAGGUGGUGGAGCUGAUCUCCAGUGCAAUCGGAGAUGUGAUGCAAGGAAUCUAUCACGAGAGCUCCACUUCUGCAGAGGAGAGCAGUCUAACAGUUGCAUCCUGGGAAGACCAAACAUUCCUGUCCCAUGGUGCUUUGCUUGCCAAGAGUUGUCAAGCAGCGAUGAAGCUGGCCAGACAUGAUACCGAGGCUCAGAAUUGGGCUUUUCAGUACGGAAAACACCUCGCUCUGGGACACAAGCUAAACUCUGAUCUACAGCUGUUCGUGAAGAGUGGGUCAGAACCAGCUGUGUUUAGUUUGGACUCGGCUCCAGUAGUCUUCCACAGACAGAUCGUAGGACCUGAGAGAUGGCGGCACCAGCUAAAACAGGUCCAGAAUAUGGCUAGACAGAUUGAUUACACGAAGCUCUGGGGCCUGAUAAAGAUGGAAAGAGGCGUGAGCCAGGGGCUUGACCUGUGCAGUUACCACAGCAACAAGGCCUUGGAGGCCAUGAAGUGCUUCCCACCAUCAGAAGCUCGGUCGGCACUGGAAAACAUGGCCUACGCGCUCACCAAGUUCUGAAGGUGGAUUCAAUCUGGAUGUAUAUAUAUGAAUCCAAUUCCGUUUGAUGCAGUUGAUUAAUGCUGAAACUGAGCCUGCCUGGAGUUUGAUCAUGAUUUCUUUGGGUGCUGUUUUAAGAGGACUUACUUUGGAGUGUUUGUGGUUCUGACCUGCUCUACAGAUGAUGAUUUUUAUAUGGAACUGAUGAGUUUCGCACACAGUCGAGUUUACCAGACUCAUACACACUCUAUGCAUUUAGUCACCAAAUCAGCUUUAUCUUUAAAAAAAAAAUAGAUAUCCUUUUUGAAAAAAAAAAAAACUCAAUGUCUCUCUUUAUUCUAUAAUUUCUAUGAUUCCCUGUGAUAUUUAACGGAGGUCAGUAUUUCUAUACACUGCUUCAAAGAAGACAAACAAACAUUAUUGAUAUCAUUGCAAGUUGAUUUGUGAGCAUAGAGAAACUCAUUGGUAUUAUAGGGGGUGGCAUUAACCAAAAUGUUUGUCUGAAAACCGAUGACUGCGUGUGUGUGUUGUGGGUGCCCGGGGUGCUCCAGCAGCAGUGUUGGCAGUAAUUAUUAAUGAGGUGAGUGUGUGACCUGAGUGAAUGGGCAGGAAAUGCUGCAGUAUUGAUCAGCUCAGCGAGAGGACUGGCGCCAGCCUGGGCAGCCUGCGGUUUCCCGGGUGACCACGGGGAGGACAAUUAUGGUGUGAAGUGGGGCGUAGGGGAGUGAUGGUCACCACCGACAGCCACCGGGCCACACACACACACACACACUUGAAUUGCUUGAAGGACAGAAAGGGAAGAACAUGCAUGCAGGAACACUAGCUCAGAGUUCCUACCAUGUCUUUCUCUGGCCUCAGAUAUGUUGGCAGGAUAUUACACUAAGUUUGCUCGGUAAGAGCAGGACAGCCCUCUGGACAUACAUGAAAAAUUCAUUUUGGCCUCAAGCAGACCUGAGAAAACUCCCCGUGAAAACCUAUGAAGAUGGAAACAAAGAACAAGCAGCUCUUCCUGACACAACAUCUCCUGUCAGAGGCAAACUCUUGCGCUGUCUUGCCCUGAUCAGAGUUUGUUCAGACUUUAUUAUUAGAGUCACUGUGAUCUGAAUUCUUUAUCAUAGAUUCAAAUAUCAUACUAAGUCAUGAGAGGUCUUUCGAUCUUUUGUGGGUUUUGGGUCUCUAUACCUCAUUCAAAUCACAAUUUAAUUAACCGUGUGGAAGUUUGCCUCAUUUUAAUCAGUCAUAGCUAACACUUCACAGACUGGAAGAAGUCAAUGUAUUAUUGAAUUUUCUGGUAAUUUUGGUUAGUUGAUCAUUGCUGGCUAAGUUUGUCUUUCAGUGACCUGGAGCCUGUUUCAUAAAAAAAGUUUACAAAAUAAGCCAGGCUUAUUUCAGUUAGUCUAAUUUAUUGUCAGCUGAUUUGGUUCAAAAUAAGUCAGACUAGCUGAAAUAAGCCUGGCUUAUUUGGUAAAAUUGUUUUAUGAAACAGGCCCCUGGCCUGAAAAACAAGCCCAAAAUAAGCGAUCCAGUCUGGAAAACUAAGCCCAAAACAUAAGACACCUGUUUUUUUAUAUAUAAUUAUUGUAUUAUUUAAGAAAACUCUUACAGUUACAUCAAAAGCAACUUGUAGUGUCAUAAAGAUGCUGCAGUCAAAUUACUAAAGAUGUCAAAAUAGACUGGUAAAAAAAAGUUCUAGUCAGUUUGUGGGAACAGACAGAAACAUUGUCACACACAAAAUUAUGAUUAAGUCAUCAUAUGUUCUAUGAGAGGCAACCACUAAUAAGCACAAAUAAGCAAUUGUAUUAUGAAAUUAUGCUCAAAAAAAAAAAGAAAGAAAAAAAAAAGCACAGCCAAAGACUGUCCAAAUCUAAGGAUCUUCUGGGGGAAAAACAAGCCCGAAGUCACUUAAGCAGACCUGGGGUGUAUUCCAGAAAGCACGGUUAACUUACCGUCAGCUAAACCCUGAACUUUCGGUUGAUUAAUCCCAAACCUUGCUUACUCAAGGUAUGUGGUUCCAAAAAUGCAUCCGGGAGUAAGUUCAUUCAGAGUAUGUUCCUGGUUAAGACUCAAGAUAUUCUCAACAGAGCGACGAAUCACUAUGG